AUGUAUUAUUCAAAAAGGUGAGUGCACUAUUUGUCCUUGACCAGUUUUGUGUUCGUUUCAAAAAAUUUUAUUUAUCGAUUUCGAAAUCGAAUUGAUUUACAUUUCUGUCCUUUUUUCAUAUUUUGCAAAUAUUUUUGAUUUUAAAAUUACAAAUAUUUUCCAGUGAAAUGUCGGAACGUCGAAUUGAUGUAAAUCGCAGUGAUUAUUCAGUCAUUGACAAUGAAUUUGGAAAUAUGAGAGACCGAUUUGAACAAGAAAUGAGAAGAGUUGAGGAUGAAAUGAGAAGAUUGAGAUCUGAAUUUGAAGGUUGGUUGAAUUUUCAAAAUAUACAUACUAUUGGGCAACAGAAAAAAAGAGAACAAUGGAUAAUUAUAGGUGUACUUUUUCAUGACACUUUGAAUUGUUUUCAAAAAUCCAUAGAUUUGUGGAUUGUUCUUCUAGUUUUGUCACAUUUUUCAUGAUUUCGUGAGGUUGAGAAAAAUCUGUAAUAAGCAAAUCAUGAUUCAAAUAUACUUUAAUUUCAAAUUCCAAAAAAAAGUUGAAAAAUAAAGUACUGAAUUGUUUUGAUAAAUUUUUUCUCAAAAAAGUUCAUAUGAAUAAUGUUUUGAACUGAAAACUUCUAACUAUUAUCAGUUUUGAACUUUGUUAGAAAUCAGAUCAGUAUUUUUCAUGGAUAUAUCAAAUGUUUUUCUCAAAAACUUAAAUGACAGUAUUUCGAAAAAAUACCCAUAGGAAUAUUCAAAACACAUUCUGAAGAAAAAUUUCAGACUUUGUUUUGAAGAAAAAAUGAAAAUCCCCUCAAAUAUCAUUUUUCACGUGGGAAUUUCUCUUUUUUCUCUCAAAGAUUUCCUUUAAUUGUUUUUUGAUGACACAUAGAAAUUCAAUUAAAAAACCAUUUGAAACAAUCGUGAUUUUUCUCUAAAUCCUCUUUGUUUUAUAUUAUCUAUAAUUGACGAAAAAAAUCAUUUUACACAUACGUACAUUGUAAAAAUUAUAUUAUUUUGCAUAUCAAAUCUUUUAUUUUUAUCAUAAGUUCUAAAUAAUUAUUAGGAAUAUUUCCAUAUUUUCUGAAAAAAAAACAUUCAUACCGGAAAUAACAACCGCCCACAACAUUUCUUUAUUUUUCUUAUGUUAGAAAAAUUAUGUUUCAAGCAAAGCGAAAAGCAAUCAUGUCGCCUUUUUUUGAAAAAAAAAACUCUGAUUUUUUGUUGCGUUCCCAGGAGAGUCCUUGAAAACUUCUCAUAUCUGUUUUCACUGCCGUUUUACCCUCCGAAAAAUUGCAAAGAUAUUUACGACCUCAUCAAGAAAUUCGGCCGCUGAAAAGGUCUUUCUUUCACUAUCUCGGAACACCAUCAGUUUUUCAUUUCUGGAUAGGAUUAUAAAAUGUCUUCAUUUCCCAUUUGUAAUUAUUUCAAAACAUUUUUCAAAAAUUCCAAAACCAUUUUGUUUAUUUAUUUAUUUAUUUAUUCCAAAAAACCGCCAAAAAAACGAAAAAAUGUUUACUAUUUUUUCACACUUUUUUUCCCAUCCACACUCAUUUUUCAUCAUUAGCGUGAUGAAAAAAAUUUUCAUAAAGAAAACGAACAACAUUUUUUUGUGAUGUGAUGCACAAAAAAGACAUGACUAGGCCCUUUUUCUCGUUCUUCCCUUCUUUUUCUUUUCUUUUUUUUUGGUCAACAACACAACACAAAAAAUAAAAAGCAGCUACCUUUUCAACAACUUUUUUGUUGUGAAAACAUUUUCCCAAGAAAAAUGAAACGUUGAAUAUUAUUUUUGUGAUGAAAAAAUCUUUCAACAAAUUUUUUGUUGCAGGCUAUCGACCAAACGGAGGACCAGCUCCAGCAGCAAUUUCGAACGCUCCAUUCAAUAAUAGCAGCUAUUCGACAACUUCGUCGCACAACGAAACUUCAAAUCGAGGAAACUUUGGAAUUCCACCACCUUCUUUCCACGGUUAGUUUUAAGAUUUUUGAGGGAAGGAGGAAAGGGGUCUAACUUCGAGAAAAAAUGUUUCGUCCUACUUAUUUUCUGAUUUUGGUGAUAAAUAAAACAUAUCAUUAGAAAAAACAACAUUGAAUGAUAAUGAAAAACUCACUUUAUUUGUACUCUGAACUUGAAUUAUUGGCUACAUUAACAUACUUUUAUUUGUAGGUUCUCAAAUCUAAGAAUUUCAUGAAUUUAUUAUCAUCAAAAUGUUUCAGUAAUUAUUGAACAUCUGAAAACUCAAAAAAAAACAUCCAACUAUAUUUUCAGAAUUUCAGUAAGUACUAACUUCAGGCUACAUUAUAUAUUUUUUUGAUAACGUUAUUUGAGAGAUUUCGAAUUACAUACUUUUGAUUAAAUUUUGAAUAGUGUUUUCCUGAUAAAAAUCAGUACUCUAAAAAUUUGUAUCAACUAAUGAUUCUGAAAAAGUUGUUAGAUUUUUCUGUCUCACUUUGAGUUUUAUCCUAAAUUCUGAAAAAAAAGAACACAACCUUUAAACCACAUGUCAACAAAAAACAUGCACUUUUUAAUUAACUUGAAAAAGCUGUCCCCAAACGAAGAACAAAAUUAGGUGCUAAUGUUUUCAAGCAACAAAUUGUCCAUUUUCAGAAAAACUGUCUCCAGAUUCCAGAAAAAACUUUCUAAAAAUAUAAUCGAAUCAAAAAUUGCAAAAAAAUUGACCUUGAGUUUCCAAACCAAGAUAACCUCUCAACAAGUGUUUUCUAUUUUCAUUUUGAAAAUCUAGAACUUUCCUUUUUAUCUUUUCAAAAGGAAAAAAAUAGAAAACAACAUAAAGAAGAGCACUUUUCUAAUGCUGCUGUUCCUUUUUUAGAUGAGAAAAUUCCAUUUUUCUCCUUUUUUCAAACGCAAAAAACAUGUUUUUUCAUGGCUCAACAGCUUUUUUCUAACAAGGUUUUUUUUGUAUUCGAAUUUCUUUAUCCGAUUUUUUAUGAAUUACUAUACAAUACCACAUGAAUGUUAAUAAUGUUAUAUGAAUUCAAUUUGAUUGUGUUUUUGAAUGACUCGACGACAUUUACAAAUGUUUUGAAUUAUUACACCUUUUUAUGCAAGCAAAUGUACAUUUUGACAAAAAGAAGAAGAAUCCUAGCAACAUUAUUAUUAUUAUUUUUCAACAUUUUCUUUGUUUUCUUCAUCGUUGCCAAUAGUUAUUUUAUUUAUUGUUGCCAAGAUCUGAAUUUUUAGCCAUUUUUAGAAUGCUAUUUUCCUUUUCAUUUUUGUAUAAAAUUGGGAUUUCCUCAGGAAAUUAGUAUAGAUAUCUAUUAGAAAAAAUAUAUAAAUAUGAGAAAUAUAUUUGGAAAAACAUUAUUUUCAGGAGAUUUGAUGGCACAUCGACCAACUUACGAUCCAUAUUUGGACAAUCUUAAGAGUCCACUCAUCAAGGAUGAAUCCGAUGGAAAAACUUUGCGAUUGAGGUUGGUGUUUUUCGGGGUACUAGGGUUAUAAAGUUUCAAACAUUUCAAAACAACAACUUUUUUAAUUGAAGUCGAAACAAAAAUAAAUACUUUGUUAUUUUUUCAAUGGGAAAUUUAUAAAUUCUUCCUAAGAUUUUUCACCAGAGUUACCGCAACUCCACAAUACUAUAAAUUCCGAAUUACAUUUGAUGAAACCUUUUCAAAAAUUUUCAUACAUAUCCUUUUCGAAACUCCAAAUUGUUCCAGAUUUGAUGUCGCUCAUUACAAACCAGAAGAAGUCACUGUCAAAACCAUUGACAAUCGUCUUUUGGUUCACGCAAUUCACGAGGAGAAAACCCCACAAAGAACCGUCUACAGAGAGUACAAUCAGGUAAUUUUUGAUAUUUUUUUUUUUGAAAAAAUCCCUUCAAAAAAAUAAUUAAUUUUUUUCUGAAAAUUUUCUAUUUUAUGACGCAUUCAACAAAAAGAUAAUCCAAAAAGGAUUAGAGGUUUUUUCUCAAAUAUAAAAAAAAACUGUUUUUAGGAAUUCUUGUUGCCACGUGGCACAAACCCGGAACAAAUUUCAUCAACUUUAUCCACUGAUGGAGUUUUGACUGUUGAAGCUCCACUUCCACAACUCGCUAUUCAACACUAA